UUUGGAUUAAGAUGUUUGCAAGGUGCCUGCUGAAACUUCUGAGGCAUGUGGAAAAGCUAACCAAUUAUUCAUGAUGAUACUCAGAUCUGUUGGUAUGCAACUUAUGGUAUUAGGUUACUCUUCCUCUCAAUUUAUCCUCACGGCCCCUUCCACUUCCAGGUGUUUACAAUAUGUAAUUAUUCGCUGCAUGUUAAUUUGAGGGGUGAGAAAGUCACAACUGGCAUAGAAGUUCCAGAGAGCAGAAAACCGUUAGGUUUCUCAGUCCUCCCAGGUGGCUGGGUACAGAAUAUGUACUUGGAGUACUGGAAUUUUACUUGCAAUGUUCUUAAAAGAGGACAUCGCCUUUAACCUUGACUUAAUUUUAAAUAUAACAACUUGAUGUCCUUACUGUGGUCUGCACACUCAUCUAUACAUACUUUGAUUGAAAGGUUUUCGGAUGUUUGCAGAUGCUAUAAAAUAAAUGAAUGUUUUUUAUUAUUAUUAUUCACCCAAAUGGUCGUAGAAUUCGCUACAAUAUUUCUGUCCUUACCUGUAAUUCUGUUCUUGCCUUGGAGCUGAGACCAGCCUAGGCAUUGUGGUUUUAAAAAAUGAGGCAAAGGAGCACCAUGAAAAGCUGAAAUGAGGGGAUAUCCAGCGCUACCCCGAAGAAGACUAUGCUGGAAGAAAGUCAACCCACAUAGUACAAGAUACAAAGCCAGUUUGUCAGUACCUAUAUGAGAAAACUAAGGUAUGUCUGCAAAAUACAAGUUGACUGCCUGCCGAGCCUCCGUGGGCCGUAAGCAGUGUUAUAAAACACACCCAACUGCUGAAUGAGAGCUUAGUCCUCGAUUAAACAUGGCCAGCAAUUCCAUUAACAACACUGACAGACGCCUCAUGGCAAGCUGUACAGGACAACAGCAUCAUCAAGCAGAAUGCACUUCAGGGAAAACACAGUAAGGCCUCUCACCCGACGUUCCUUGCUUCUCACGUGGGGAGAGGAAAGAACUGGGGCAUCGUGAUACUCCCCACCCCACGCAAACCAUCUGGGGAGGACGCUGGCUGCUGUCGAGGCGGCCUCAGCAUUCAUCAGUUGACGAUUAUUUGAUUAUUUUUGUGGCUGAAUUUGAGGAAACGUUUGUAUUAUCUCUUGGGAACGUUUACAGCCUGCCAGUGGACUCUAAAACAGAGGUUACCAAGAGAAGCCUUAGAUGUGUGUCCCUGAUUGUGGUGCUGGGGUCGCUGAUGGCUUGAAAAUAACAGAGCCCCCUUUGAGUUACUGGCCAAGGCUAAAUAAAACCUCGUGCUCCUUUGCUGUGGGGCGGUCCGGUCUCGGGGCUCAGAGGAGCUCUGUCCACAGCUGGGAGAACUCGCAGGCCCCAAGCUCCUGGCCAGCGCGGGCCCCGAGGUCGGCAGGCCCCUUGCUCGUCACCUCGUUGUUCCCUCACCCGCCUCCCGCAUUCGGCCGCUUCCUGACUGGGAUUCCACAGAAAGGCCGAGGGCUGAGGAGAAGUGUGAGCGCCUCCGCCUGUCCACUGUCCCCCAAAGUCAGUUCAAUCCCCGACGUCCUCCGCUAGGUUCCACCCCACCGGCCCCGGCGGGGCCUCCAAGGCACCGCCCACCUACGGGUCACCCAGUCAGGCCACUUCUUUCUGGGACAAAGGCAUCACCCCUUAGAGACAGCAGGAAAAUGGUAUCUCCCGGAAGUUACCUCACGACCUCCAAGCGCCGCUUCCAAUCUUGCCGGAAGUGACGAAAGAGUCAACCGGCUCGGUGACUGCGGAGGGCGAGCUAACACCUGUGCGUGAGUGGGAGGCUGGUUGUGCAGUGUUGGUGGACCCUGAGAGGCUACGGGCGCCCCGCUGGGCUGGGGGCCGUUGCCACGAUGGGCCGCGAGUUUGGGAAUCUGACGCGGAUUCGGCAUGUGAUCACCUACAGCUUGUCACCUUUCGAGCAGCGCGCCUUGCCGCACGUUUUCAGUAAAGGAGUCCCCAACAUGCUGCGCCGCGUUCGGGAGUCUUUCUUUCGCAUAGUGCCGCAGUUUGUAGUGUUUUAUCUUGUCUACAAAUGGGGGACUGAAGAGGUCGAGAAAUCCAAGAGGAAGAAUCCAGCUGCCUAUGAAAAUGACAAAUGAGCAAUGCAUCCGGAUGACGGUUCCCUGUCUCUGAAAGACCUUUUUCUGGAAGAGGAGUCUGCAUUGUAGUGUCUCAAAGACACAAUAAACUUCCUAUGGUCUGCCCUGUUGUGAUUUUA